AUGAAAUCGCACUCUAUGACCGUCAAAUCCGACUAUGGGGAAUGCAAGCGCAGAAAAGGUGAACAACACAACAGAUCCCAGAGAGCAUUGCCUGCUAACCUCCAGGGCAGGAUUGGCUCGGCCAAUAUCCUUCUUAUCACCAUGAAGUCUCUUGCCAAUGAGGUGGCCAAAAACCUUGUCCUCGCAGGAAUUGGCUCUUUGACCAUCAUCGACCAUGAACCAAUUACCGCGGAUGAUCUACAAACUCAGUUCUUCCUCGAAGCGGCGACCCAAGAUCCGGAUAUCGUCAAUCAAGGAAAAAUGGUCCGCAACAUGAACCCUCGGGUAAAGCUGAAUAUCGAUACCUCCGACAUCCGCACAAAAGAGCCUGAUUACUACGCCCAGUUCAGUGUCGUCAUUGCGACCGAACUGGACUACAAUACUACGUCUGCGAUUAACGCCGCCUGUCGCAUGGCGGAACGUCCCUUUUACGCAGCUGGGCUCCACGGACUAUACGGUUACGUCUUCGCAGACCUCAUUAGCCACGAAUUCGUUAUCGAACGAAAUAAGUCGAAUGUGCCGGCGCAGACACAAGAGACAUCAACGCGUACCGUCACCAAUAUAACAACCAAGAAGGAGGGCGACAAAGUUAUCGAGCUCGUUACAAAGCGCGAGACAUACACUCCGCUGCUAUUGGCAAAUGCUUCGCCCCUCCCGGAAGAAUAUACCCGUGUCCUUCGCAAGCGGAAGCAGGUGACUCCCCUCCUCAGUUGCCUGCGCGCGCUAUGGGAGUUUGAGAAAGCAUCCGCCCGACGACCAACGUUCAACCAUGCAGACCUCGAACUUUUCACCAGGCUCGCUAGUGACAGCCACCAGGAAUUGAAGCUGGAUUCCAGUACUCUGGACUCUGUGUUCUUGCGGAACUUCUUGCAGAACCUCGGGAACGAGCUGCCUCCCGUCGCUGCAUUCUUGGGUGGCGCGCUCGCGCAAGACGUGAUCAACGUCCUCUCUGCUCGGGAGCAGCCGAUCCAGAACCUCCUUCUGUUUGAUGCAGACAAAUCAGUAGGCCCGAUCUAUCCGCUGCAUCCUUUCUUUGAUGAAAUCCCCGGGUUGGCUGCGGUGCCACCGGUAGCAAACCCCAUUCCGAUACAUCCCGCUUCCGCCACGGCUGUGCCUGAGACGACUCUGUGA